UAUGAAGUAUAGCUCAAGCCGAUAGGUGUAUGAGUUCCAGCUCUCUUUCUCUUUUUUGUGACUAUACUGCAGCCUGUGUGCCUGUUGCUGCUCAAUUGCUCAUCAGUACGGCACGAUACAUGGCACCGAUACGGUCAGUAAAAUUAACUUGGUACUUGGUACCUCGUGUACUUAAUAGCUAACAACUACUCGGUACUCGGUACGCUUAUUUAAAUUAUAUGUUUAGUAGUGCUCCAAUUAUGUGACAUUAUGUGAUAUUAUGUGACAAUAUGUCCUAGAUCACCUGUUGCUCCCUUGUAUACGGACAAUAGCUACAGUGUUUGUUAUCAAUAUACCUUUUAAUAAAGCGGACGAGUGUGUGUGCAUUAAAGUGAGAUUAACAAGUGCGCGUCAUCGGAUAGAAAAAAAAUAAAACAAAUAAGAAAUUAAGAAACAAAGGGAGGAAAGAUGACCCACUUGUUGAAGAACAUGUCGAAUAGCAUCUGGCACGCAUUUUAUGCACUACAGCAAGACGGUCAGAUGCAGCCGGGCAUAGUCUCUAAAUCAAAGCUCAAAGUUUUAACAGCAAACAUUGGAACCCUCAUGGAUCUUCACGGUGUAGAAAAAGGUUUGGAUCAUUACCGGAGCACCUCAACUUUGAAUUUUGAGCAAUUUAUCUACUACUUACAAGAAGAGGUAUUCUCAUCGUUGACAGAUGCAACGACUCGGCAAAAGUAUCGAAACUUGCAGGGAGGGAUCGACGAGAUAUGUUGGCUGGUUUGCCACAAAAGUUACUUGGACAGGCCGCAGGCAAUUUUCCGUGAUAACAGCGUUUACCAGUUGUUCAGAGUAUUCUGCCUCCUUGCCGAAAUGGAAGCCGACCCAAUGGACACCUCUUAUCUCGUAACUAUGCACAGCGACGAGUUGUCUCGAGUCGCUUCGCAGUUGGUGACGUCGUUGGGACUUCAUUGGGAUGCUGAGGAUUUUGCAGCGCUAUCAUCGUCGAUUGGAAGGUUUAGAUUUGCGAUAUUUUUGGCAGUUCUGGAAUCAAAGUACAGCGGUGGAAGUUCCUCGGAUAUUGACGGCCUGACGGAGGCGAUCGACGAUUUGUACGAAACAUAUGUCGAAGACGUGAUUAAAAAGGGUUACUUGGGAAGAAAGGGCUUCCUCCUUCUGCCGAGCCAAAAGUGCUCGUGGUACGUUUUGCGUCCCGGUGAGUUGUCGUACUACAAAGAUUCCCAUCAGAAAGAGCCCUGUGGCGUGAUAUCGCUCACCACGAAUUGUUGGGCGGACGCGGUGACAAUUAGCGGCAAGCCCGACAGGCGAUUUAUCCUCAAUAUGCCGGAACAGAGGUGCGUCGAGCUGAUUGCCGAGGAUCAUCGGGGUAGGUUGCAAUGGAUGUCGGCUCUGCAAAUUGCCAUCCAGCACUCAAACAAGGAAAUCAGCUAUCAGAGAAGCUUGGCCAAUCAAAGGAGGUCGACGCGCCAGGUACUUUUACAAUUGAUGGCGAGCAAGCAGGAAAAGGAAGAGACGAGACUGGAGCUGCAGCAGGAGCGCCAGGCGAGAAUAGCCGCCGAGGUUCAAGCGAAAGAACUAACGGAACUGUCGAAGCAAGAGUUGGCCAAAGUUCAGGAAUUGGAGGAGCUUAAGCAACAACUGGAAAUACGCUUGUACGAGGAGAAACAGGCUCUUAGAGACGAGGAAAUUGUCAGGAGCUUACAAGGGAGAUUUUUGCGCGAGGAGUGGGAGAAGAGGGAAAAACUGGAAAUUUUGCAGCAGGAACAGCAGGAGCUUUUGGAAUUGGAAAAACUCAAGCGACAGGAGUUCGAAUUGAAGCAGCAGGAUAACGAACAACGAUUGCGAGAUGCCGAGUUGCGUCUCGAGCAGUUGGAGGCGGAAAAACAAAAUCUCAACGUUGAGCUACAAACGGCUAUACAAAAAGCGAGGAGAGCCGAAGAGGCGCAGAUCCUCUUGGGAUCACAGCUAGCCACGACUAAACGAACGCAGAGCUUCAAAUCCACGGUGAAAGAGAGACCACUGGUAAUAGAUAACAGGAUGAUGCCGUUGCAGAAAAACUGUUGACGAUUGGUGGUGGUUGCGUGAUUGAUUGAUUGAUAAUCUCGAGAUGAUCGCGGAAAUUGAUCAUUGAAAUUGAGCUCGAAUAAUUCAGGGUAAAUGUGUUCAGGAUGGGAGCUAUUGUUCAUCGUUAUAUCGAUAUAUUUUUGAAAUUGUUUUCGCACACCAAAUCAAUAUCAACGACAAGCAAACAUAGAUAUAUUUUUAAGUGAUAAGAGUAUUUAAUAUAGGAAGUACGUGUACCAUUCCAUUUUGUUAUACACCUGUAGCGAUUAAUAAAUAUUUUCGUAUGCAUUUAUAAGGUAUUGAACCUACAUGUAGAUACAUCGAUGUAUCUGGAUUAUAUUGAAACAUUUGAUAAAAGUCAUUAAUAAACCAUUUUUUAUCAUGAACGAUUAUUAUUUUUGACGAAAUGCGUUCCUACAUUACUGUAACCAAUGAAACAACAAUGAUCGACUGAUAAAGACUGAAGUAUUUUGUAAUAAAUAUUGCAUUAAUAAAUAAUUGUGCUACCCAUUAUUUUUCAUCCCGAUGUAUGUAUAACGACGUUUUGAAGAAAUCACGUCAAUUACCUUCAAUGCGAGUUAGAGCGCA